AUGACUAGGAAAGUUACUCCUUACCGAGCCGAUUACUCGGGCAGCGAUAAUUUCCAAACUCACGAGUUUGCCGUGGACGAUCAGAUCAAAGAGAACAAAUUGCGACGCCACUUAAGUCGUCAGUUUGUGGUUCAAAUCAUUACCCAGCACCCGGAGAACUCUAAACUCUACCGCGAAGCUCUCCAAAAAAUUGAUAACGGCCAAACUGAGAUUUCCUACGCAUUUAAGUACAGCAGUACGCGUCACUUCGGACAGCGCGUACCUCUCUUAUUCAACGUGAAACUGAGCAAACUCGACAAAGUUUCGGAUUACUUAAUCGUGGUCAAUUGGAAAAUAGACUUCGGAGUUCAAACCGAUUUAUCCAACCAUUUAACCACGCCCGAAGACGUUGCCAAUCGCCCCGCUAAAUUCAAGGGAUUUCUAGCUUUCAACUUAAACACCCAUGUUCCCAACUAUAAUGAAACGGUGAAACAGCUAGUUAAAAUCACACCGAUGGAAAAAGAUUUUUCCCGGUGGUACGUAGACGUGGUAAUUAACGGUGGUUUAGCCUCGUAUGGGCCGAGCAAAGGAUCGCUAAUUUUUAAACCGCUCGCCUACGGACUAUGGGAUAACAUCCGGACUAAUUUCGAGCAGGUGCUCAAAAAAAUCGGAAGCCAAAACGUUUAUUUACCGCUUUUAAUUCCCACCGAUUUGAUUAAAAAAGAACGUGACCACGUCAAGGGGUUCGCUCCCGAGCUUUACACGGUUACCGAGGUAGGCGAUAAACAACUAGCUUAUCCGCUGGCGAUUCGCCCUACUUCAGAAGUGCUUUUCAGUCAACUUUUUGCCGAAGAAAUAAGUUCGUACCACGAUUUACCCCUCAUUUACAACCAGUGGGUUAAUGUUUGUCGAGGUGAAAAGAAAACCAACCCUUUUCUGAGAACAUCCGAGUUCUUGUGGCAGGAGGGACACAGCGCCCACGCGCAGGCUGGUGAGGCACGCAAACUAACGCGGCAAAUGAUUCGCAAUUACGCUCGCUUCUUAAGCAAGUUUUUGGCAAUCCCGACCGUAGUUGGUAAAAAGACACCCCGGGAAAAGUUUGCCGGAGCCGUUACCACUUAUUCGUUAGAGGCGAUGAUGAAAGACGGCAAAGCUCUUCAAAGCGCAACUUCGCACUACUUAGGCCAGAAUUUUGCCAAAACUUACGCGGUCAAGUUUAAAAAUCAAAGUCAGGAACUAGUUCAUCCCUACCAAACUUCCUGGGGGAUGUCAACCCGUUUAAUCGGCGCUAUUAUUAUGGCGCACGGAGACAACCGGGGAGUAAUCAUGCCGCCCCGGGUGGCGACUUACCAAAUCGAUUUAAUCACGUUAUUUGGCGACCAAAACCCCCAAGUUUUACUAACUGCGCGCCAGCUGUUUCAAAAACUAUCGCGGCGUUGACGAGUUAGGUUAGACACCAGUUCCAAAAGCCCCGGUUUUAAAGCGGCCGAGUCGGAAAUUCAGGGCGUUCCGCUCAGAAUUGAAAUUGGACCGCGCGAAAUUCAAAACGCCCAAGUUGUGCUGGUUCGGCGCGACACUUUGGUUAAGACAAAUUGCGACUUAGAAACGUUACCCAAAGCGGUUGAAAAGGCUCUCGCCGCACUUCAGCAAAAUCUUUUUGACCAAGCCCAGCAAAGACUUCGCCAAAACACCGUGAAAGUCAAUAGUUACGCCGAUCUUAAAGAAGCGAUUAAAAACCACCGCUUUGUUCUCGCUCCUUUCGCUGGGAAAGAACAGCACGAAGAGCAGAUCCAAGCCCAAACUGGCGCCACAGCGCGGUGUCUUCCCUUUGAUUACAAACUGACCGAGAGUAAAAAAUGCAUCCUAACCGGAGUGCUCACACGUCGCUUAGUUUUGUUUGCCAGGGCUUAUUAG